AUGGGGUCGCGGUCGUGUACAUUAUUUCUAACAAUUUUUCAACAAAUUUUAAUGCGACACCUAAAUAUUAUACUGUUAUCGAUUUUGGUGGGGUUGCUUCAUGGAUCACUGGAAGAUGAAAACUCCGGCACUGAUGGAUCAGCUUCAAAGAACGAAUCGACUUUUCCGGAGAACUCGGGUGGUCCAAUGAUUCUACCGAUGCCUGUUGAUGAGCCCGGAAGUUCUGGAUCCGGUCCAGAACUUCCAGUCAUGGAAGGUAUGGAGCCCGGCGUACCAGAACAAUCAACAAUGCCUCCAGUAGACCCUGCAGAAUAUGCUAAACUAGAAGAUGAUACAAAUGGAGAAGAUGAUAUCACUGGUCCAACAACCCCAUUUGAUAUUAAUAAUAUGGAGACCGGAGUUCCAGAAGGGCCCACAAAAGAGCCAUACAUGCCAAAACCAAUUACCAAGCCGAAACCUGGACAAAAUAACAGUGGAAGUUUCUCAGAUUCUACAGAUUUUACGGAUUCUUCAGAUUACACUAGAUACACUGAUGGAUCAACGGACUACCCAGGCGGGUCCACAGAUGUUCCAGGAGGAUCCACGGAUUCUCCAAUUGAUGGAUCUACUGAUCUACCUAUUGAGAGUAUUCCACCAGUGUACUGGACCAAAUCGACGCCAAAAGAUUUUACAAUUAGUCAGAAAAUCGAUCAGAGCAGUCCGGGAUACAAUCAGUUGCUACAUAUGUUGGAGGAUCUCAAGCAUCGUCGCAAGGAAGAAGAAUUCAUUGAGGCUGCACAGACCGAAUUCUACAUUGACAGGGCUUCUACGUUGAUGGAUUCUAUUGAAAGUUCAUUCACUGAUUCGGCGCUUGCAAACAUCACAAAGUCACAAGAGUACAUCAAAGGUUUGCUGGCGGAUGCUUCUUUACCGGUCCGCCAAGGCUACUCAGAAAUCGUGUCCCUCACCAGUCAACCCAGUUUCUACUACAUUCCAAAACGCCAGAGAUAUUUGAUGGUUAAUAAGAUUGUGACAGACAUGAGUUCUGCUAGUCAACUUGAAAUAAUGACUAUAAAUCAACAAGCGAAGACGUAUUGCCGGGAUGCAAAUGUGGAUACUCCGCCGUACGCAUUGGGAAACUUGUUUGGAAAUAUGUUGGGUAACGGGGCAGUUUUGACAAAAUAAUUAUUUACUGUUUCAAUAAAAUAAUUAAUGUAUUUU